AUGUAUUCUAUAGUUGUGGACAAUCUUUCUUACCGAAAGGGCAGAGGAAAUGCUGCCAUUGUCAUUGCAUCGUCGUGGUGCAUUCACCUAAGGGAAAUCUCAGGACAACUUGAUGUAGAUACUCAGGAAACGAACUACUUCACCAAAAGAGUUGUUCGAAGUUUACAAAGGAGCGUUGGGGUGUUGGCUUACUUCCUUCUUACCGGUGUGUCUCCCUUUCUGGCGGAGAAUAAGGCGCUGACGCUGAGUAACAUCACCCAGAUGAAGAUUGAUUAUCCUUCGCACCUGUUUGAAAUCGUCUCGCCAAUAGCUGUCGACUUUAUCCGCUCUCUCAUCAAAUCCAAUCCCAAGGCACGGCUUUCUGCCUCUCAGUGCUGCCAACACGAAUGGCUUCUCCAACAACUUCAGCAAAAGCAGGCUAAGGUAGAAGUUCUAGCUGAAGACGGCGGUGCUGGAGGAAGUGGAGAUGAGUCUAUUUCUUCGACCUCCUCAUCGUCUUCAACGUCCUCCCCAACACGGAAACGCCUUGCGCUGGACAACACGGUUACGGGAAGUCAGGGAAGCGUGGAGAUCGGAAGGCCGCUAGAGACGCUGAAUGCAUUACCAGUGGUUGGCGGGUGCUGUAAAACAGUGACGCCACGAUCACCAUUCACUCUGGAGGGUCUUUCGCGUCAUCACUCACCUGUUAGUAGCAACAACCCCCACCGACAUCAUCACCACCAGCCACGACGACGCUCCAUCCUUUCCUCUCUCUCGCCGUCAGCCACGGUAGCAGAGGUCUCUCCCAUCGAUUGA